CCUCAGCACAUCGACAGCAUGGACGACCCUGAUCUCGCAGCCAUCCGUGCCGCACGCAUGCGCGAGCUGCGCGGCGGCGGCGGCGGUGGUGGCGGCGGUGGUGGCGAGGCAUCGGGCAGCGGCCUGCCCGCCGGCCUCAGCCUGGGCGGCGGCGGCGGUGGAGGGCGUGGAGGAGGGGCGCAGGACGAGGAGGCGCAGGCACGGCAGCAGGAGCAGAUGGACGAGCAGAAGCGCCAGCUGCUGAGCACCGUGCUUGAUGCGCAGGCACGGGAACGCCUCUCGCGCAUCGCCAUGGUCAAGCCGCAGAAGGCACGCGCCAUCCAGGACCUCAUCCUGCGCAUGGCGCAGUCGGGCCAGGUGCGCCAGCGCAUCACCGAGGAGCAGCUCAUCGGCCUGCUGCAGCAGGUUGAGGGCGGGCAGGAGGCGCAGGGCAAGAUCACCUUCACGCGCAAAAAGCAGGUGCUCGAGGACUCGGACGACGACUUCGACCUCUGA